UCUAGCUGAGAGGAAAGAAAUCAGCAACUUGAAAAAUAUAUUGUCCGAAAAGUGCCGUUGUUCUAAGAGAAUAAACUAAUGGAACUUAUACGAGAGAAAAAAAAAAUAAUUCGAAUAUGAUGUCAAAUGUCGACAUAAUACGCAGGCAGAAAUUAUGUAAAAAUGUCCGGCUUGUGUUUUGAAACUAACUGGUAUCAGAGUCGUCUCUUGAAAUAUUGGUAUUAGCGAAGCUACUGAAAUGCAUUGAUAUUACCCAGUCUAUUGGAAUACAUUGGUGUCACCUAAUCUAUUAAAGCAAAUUGGUAUUAACGAAUCUAUUGAAAUAUAUUGGUGUUCGCAAAUCUAUUGUAUCUAUAUGUAUUGCUAUUAGUAAAUCUUUGAUAUAAAUUCCUACUACUAAUUUUUUUUUGUAUUUAUUGAAAUGUACUUGUGUUACGGAAUUUAUUGAUUUAUAAUGAUUUUAGUAAAUUGUACAAUAAGUGAAAUUCCAUGAUGAAAAAUGCAUAAUGAUUCAUGAAAACAUUUUCUGAUAAGUGUAAAAUACAUUACAUUAAAAAGUGUAGCGAGAAAAAUAUUAGCUAGCUAGAAACUGAGUGGAAAAAAUAAUAGUUGAUGAUGUGUGUAGCGGUGCGUACAGGAAGCUCGGGGUCGACAGUGUAAAUAAAUUGACGCUUUUGAUAAUGGCUCAGGCAACAAAUAUGACGCGUGUGUGUUAGCAGGCAUCGUGAUCGAAUCAGUUCCAGCCUGUUUAAAGUUGGGAGGUGGAGCUCUUCCUGGAUGUGAGGUGGAGCUCUCUCUGGAGGUGAGGUGGAGCUCUCUCUGGAGGUGAGGUAGAGCUCUCUCUGGAGGUGAGGUAGAGCUCUCUCUGGAGGUGCGGGCGGUACACACGCAGACGACUUGACAUCCUCGAGGGGAAGAAAAGCUGAAGUGCCAGGAAGAUUAUAAAUGAUAGAGGUAGCAGGAGCUGGAGAGCUCUGAAUUGCUCUACUGGAUGAUCGUCGCUGGAACGCUUUUCAAAUAAUUUUUCCUGAACGCUGGAAAUCUCUAAGACUAUCCAAAACGAAUGCUGGAAACCUCUAAAACGUUUCACUAGACAUUCUCUGGAGUUCAAAACCCACGUUUUCCUGAACUGGAAGCCUCUAAGACACCUUUCUUGGUUGGAACCUCUAUUACGUCUUGCUUGACUAAGAAUCUCUAUCACUUUGCUGGACUGGAAACCUUUACCACGUCUUCCUGGACUGGAAGAGCGUAGGUAAUUUAAGAAGUUUGAAAAUACUGAUAAGAGUGUUGAGAUAAAGAGCUAAGUGUUUUCUUAAGAGCGCCGUUAAUUCAAUGUUGGUGGAAGGGAAGACAAAGGCUGUUACGCAGGAAAGUAUUCCAGAAUUCUUAUCGGCUCAAAGUUGGUCGAGCUGAAGUGGGAGUGCCUGAAGGAUGGAGACUGAGUGUGGGCGUGGCGGGGUGAGGAGUGGGCGUGCUGUAGUGGGCUUGGAUGUCGUCAGUCACACCCUUCCGCGUAACUUCCGCACCCCUGUCCGCCCACCCUGCUGUCAGCCCCGCCCACAACACACUCGCCCCGAUCCCUUGGUUGAGCCAGAGUGUGCUUGCUGUCGGCCAGAUCUCUGUUCCGGGGACCCAAGUCUUCAGUGUCAAGCCUUCACGCCCUACCCCGCCCAUAUUUACCCGACGGUGUUGAGGGGUGGGUGGGAGGGCGGGGCGGACGACUGCGCAACAUGCAGGUUGCAGGCUAGCCUUCCCUGCCCCUGCCGCGACCAGCGGUGUAUCAGGGCACCUACCUCUCCCAUGCCAUGUACCUGGGGCAGCAAGACCUUGACCCAACAGGGGCGCCCUGCGACACAAGCCUCCUACCAAGAUUUGCCAAUGACUAGAGCGUCGUCUAUGUGCACGCUGCCGAAACUGAUGAGUGUUGAAGAGAGGCUGACCACUGCCCUGGGCCACCCACUCGACAUCCAACCUCCACCACACAAACACACAGCAACCCACGUCAACACCAGCUCCCACCCGGCCGCCUCACACACCUACACCCAGACGAAGACGCAGGGGCACCUCCACUCCAACACCCACAACCACAAGGGCGUCGAGGAACGCGGCAACUGUCGCGACAGCGCUCACAGCCACGCCCACGCCCACGGCCUGAGCAGAGGGUGGCGUCUCAGUAGAAGCGUGGAGAGCCUUCCCAAGGACAUCAAGGAACACAUCCUCAAGUGCCAGUGCUCUUGCGAUCACCUCGGCUACGGCAACUUCUCCGCGACGUCGCUACACCACCUGCCAGGGAUGGGUAACGGUUGCUCUUCUCUCAGCACCAAGACCAACAGCAGCCAUGAGGAUCUACCCACGCAGGAGCUCACAGAGAUGAGGCACAGACAUAAAGGAGGCGUGGAGGUGCCGGCGCACGUGUGGGGAGGCGUGUGUCUUGUGCUGGUGCUGGCGGGCGUGGCGGGGGUGGGCGUGUCAGUGCCCCUGGCCCUCAGGGUCGACCACAACUCAGCACUCGACAAGCGACUUGACCAAGCCAACACUCUGCUGAAAGAGACUCCGCUGGUUGAUGGGUGA